UCACCUGACGUGAUGAAUAAUCAAGAAAUUUAUGAGCUAAGUUUACUUUUAUUAUGAAUAAACAUCUUACCCAAAAAGAUUUAUUAUAACUAGUAAGCUUGUAUAUUUAUUCUUACCACCCCUUUUACUGUAAAGUUUGUUUACAGUUUCUUAAUUUUUCUCUGACAAAGAACAAUUUAAAGUCUCAAUUCUAUUUAGUUGGGUUAAUUUGAAUCUCUCUAAUGUAUAAUGUACAAAUCCCUCUAUGAACUGUGAACACCUCCCCUUAAUCCAAACAUGUGCUAGUCUCGUUAUAAUUUAUACAUUGUGCAUGUUAGUGUAAAUGUUACAUACAAGAAUGAGGUUUCACAGAUUACAACCUAGAAAAGCUUUCUAUUACUACGAACUGUAGCUCAUGCUUCCCGCAACUGUGGAUAAAUGGUCCAGAAGAUGUCGUUGCUGAAUACUACCAACAACAGGUAGAAAUGUUGGAGGGGUUCAAUGAAAUGGAUGCCUUAACAGAACGUGGUUUUCUUCCUGGAAUGUCAAAGGAAGAGCAAGAAAAUUUGGCUAGAAGUGAGACAAUGGCCAUUAGAAUUUCAAAUGUCGCAAAUAUGGUUCUCUUUGUUGCCAAAGUUUAUGCAUCCUUUAGAAGUGGCUCUUUGGCAAUUAUAGCAUCAACGUUGGACUCGCUUCUUGAUCUGUUAUCAGGUUUUAUCCUGUGGUUCACUGCAUUCUCUAUGCAGACACCAAACCCGUACCAGUACCCUAUUGGCAAGAAACGGAUGCAGCCAUUGGGAAUCCUUGUAUUUGCAUCUGUUAUGGCUACGCUUGGUUUGCAGAUAAUCUUGGAGUCAAUUCGCACACUAUUAUCUGAUGAGAAUGAAUUCAGUUUGAACAAGGAGCAAGAGCGAUGGGUGAUUGGCAUCAUGCUCUCAGUGACACUGGUUAAGCUUCUUCUAGUUGUUUACUGUCGCUCUUUCACCAAUGAGAUUGUCAAAGCAUAUGCCCAGGAUCACUUUUUCGAUGUCAUCACCAACAUCAUUGGCCUCAUUGCUGCUCUCCUUGCCAAUUCUAUCAAUGGUUUUUUGGAUCCUGUUGGAGCCAUAACUCUUGCUAUAUAUACCAUCCGUACGUGGUCAAUGACAGUGCUGGAAAAUGUAAAUUCACUAGUAGGCAGAUCAGCCGCACCAGAUUUCCUGCAGAAGUUGACAUAUCUUUGCUGGAAUCACCACAAGGCCGUAAGGCACAUUGACACAGUCCGUGCUUACACCUUCGGGUCACAUUACUUUGUGGAGGUUGACAUUGUUUUGCCAUCUGAAAUGCCAUUGCGGGAGGCACAUGAUAUUGGCGAGUCCUUGCAGGAAAAGCUCGAGCAACUGCCUGAGAUUGAGCGUGCCUUUGUGCACCUUGAUUACGAGUUCUCUCACAAGCCUGAGCAUGCACAAUCUCAUUCCUAGCUCCAAGGGUUGAGGUAUGUGUUUUGGGUGUUAAUAUGAUCAUUUGUCAUCUCUCACAGCAAACUAGAGUUGAACUUUAAUAUCUGUACGGGAAGUGGCAAAAUGUUGUAUGCAUGGCGCUGUGGAAGAUCAUCUAGUUAUCUUUGUUA